GAGCCUGAUCUCUCUGUUAAACACUAGGUGGCAGCACCGCCCCUCUGAUUUCUGCUCACUGUCAGAAAACCAUAGAAGGAAUUAGAGGAGAAAAAGAAACAGUUGGCUUUCUGUUCACAAACAAGGUUACACAUUCAUCUUAAAGGUGGCCAAUUUCAUAAUGUUAGCUGUGAGGAACCCCAGUUUAAUUUUGAUAUGAGCAAAUGGAGGAAACUCUGCAGCAGAUCAUGGAGUUAGGACCCUUUUGUCCCCUUUCAAUCUGACAACUGUAAGAGACAUGGAGAAGGAAGAGAUGGAUGAUGAGGAGGUUUGUGAUGGUGGUUUUGUCUCGGAGGCCAGUUUUACUCAGCAGCAGGCUGGAGAGAAUGAUGAGUGCACACAGGAGGAUAAUACGGCUCACCUCAACUUUCAGGAAACUCCAGUUAUUGACCCUGGAACUGGUGACGUAGAGUCAUGUGAAUCCAUGGAGGCUAAAGAGGACACAGAAGAGGUUUCAGAGGGAUUUGAACAAGACUUGGAUCAUGAGAACCCACAGCUUAUAAAUCAAGAAGAAGAUGAAGCUGCCAAGGAGCAACAGAUGAACGGAGAGUCCGGCUGGAGGGCGCUGGGAGGCGGACGGAGGUGCAAGUUGAGGAGCGGCGGCUCUCUGUUCGAGCAGAGCUUUCAGAAAGGCACCAUCCCGUCCAGCGGAAGUCGGCACAAGCAGACUCGCAGACGCAACCAUCACCACCAUCAGCAGAGCCGCGGUCGCAGGCGGACGGGAAAGCAACUUUUCUUUGCUUUCAGAGAGAUGCUGUCAGAGUCCCUGAGCGUCUGGUGCAUUUCCUGCGUCCACAUGCUGAUUGAGAUUAUUGUGACAUUAACUCACAACUGUGGAGUGGGAGUGGAAAUGGGGGUCUUGAAACUUUACAACUGCGGGAAAAAGAUUAUUGUUAAGAUCACCGAUCUGCCUGGAAUGAAAGCAGACUUUAGCCGGGUUUUGAAGCAGAUGAAAUGUGCUGGAGCAGACCUUUUGGACAAAACUGUAAGGACUCUUAAGUGGAUAAAGUCAUCCGUCUCCUCUUGCUUCAGACUAUUCUGCGCUUUAGUAAUUUUCAGUUUCCAGUGGGUGAAGGGGUUGCUGCUGCGUGUUGGUGGUGAGCGGGGUAAACGCUAUUGGACGGCUUUUCUUGAGUCGCGGGUCUGGAAGAGGCUGGUGUCUGUGCUGGAGAGAGUCCAGAGCUGGUUCAGGAAGUAUCGCAACACACCGUCAUCGCCAUCGUCGCCCGGCAGAGCCGGAAGAGGGGAACCAAUUCAGGAACUGGAGCGACUGCUGGCGCUGGCUGAGGUGCCAGAGGGGGAGCUUGACCCCUUCACGGUGCUGGGCGUGGAGGUGCAUGCCACAGAGACCGAGCUGAAGAAGGCCUACAGACAGCUGGCUGUCCAGGUCCAUCCAGACAAGAACAAACAUCCGCGAGCAGGAGAGGCGUUCAAGGUUCUGAGGGCAGCCUGGGAUAUAGUCAGCAACCCUGAGACACGACGAGAGUAUGAGCUGAAGCGCAUGGCAGCAACCGAGCUCUCAAAGUCCAUGAACGAGUUUCUCACUAAACUGCAGGAUGACCUGAAGGAAGCCAUGAACACCAUGAUGUGCACAAAGUGUGAAGGCAAGCACAAGCGGUUCGAGAUGGAUCGAGAUCCUGCUGAAGCCCGCUUCUGUGCUGAAUGCAGCCGUUGCCAUAGCGCCGAGGAGGGAGACCUGUGGGCCGAGUCCAGCAUGUUGGGCUUACGUAUCACGUACUUUGCUUGUAUGGAAGGGAAAGUGUAUGAUAUUACAGAGUGGGCAGGUUGCCAAAGAAUAAGCAUUUCCCCCGAUACCCACCGCGUCCCGUACCACAUCUCGUUUGGUUCAAAGAACAACAGCAGCGCCACACGACACAGGAGCCCCUCGGAGCACGCCACCGGUCCUUCAAACCCGGCUGACUUGCAGGACUUCUUCAACAGAAUGUUCAAGGGUGGACCGCCGAAUGACAUGGCUGCCAACGGCGGGGGCUUCUUUCCCUCAGGUCCGCCCCAUCACCACCCGGCCGGUGCUGGAGGUGCCCCUUUCUCCCCUCCCCCGGGUCAGACAGGUUUCUACAUGCCGGGGGGCCUUCGGCCAGAUUCCAGCGAGACGUGGCCCGACGGCGGCAAACCCCCCCGGAGGAGAAAGAAGGUCCGAAAACCCUUCCAGAGGUGAAGUCUGUUUACUCGAUAGUGUGUCAAAACCGGGACACGAUAAGAAAAUGGCCACGUUUGUCUCUCGCCUGCCUGUGGGCGUGCCAAGAUCUGAAGAGUGGUUGAGUGUAAAGCUGCAGUCAGAUCCGCCAAGCAGAGAGGGACUGGAUCACGAAGAGGAACCGGUUGGGUGAAUCUCAGUGCUGAAGGCAGAGGAAGUGUCAGUGUCGGUGCUUUAUCUGUCAUUUCAUCCUGUUGUGUUGCUGGUCUCACUCAUGACUGUAGCCUUGACAACCGAGAUCCCUCUGAUGCCGCAAUGAAGCAUUUUCUUUUUUUUGAUAAUUUCCUGCCAAAUCCAUUACUGCAUGAUUUAUUCACUUUUUUUAACGCUUCAGUUUUCUUACUUCUCUUUUGUAUCAAGUUAAUUUUCCACUUUGGGCUCCGUGCCGAGAGAGAGAGAAACGGCAGAGGAGAGGGCGACGCUCAUUAAGAUUUAUAGCUGAGAAAUGAAGAAGAGGGCUUGUGCAGCUAAACGUGUCAGUGUUACUGUUGUUGUUAUUGCCACGUGUUUGUCGUUUUCUGCUUCUGGAGCAAAGCCUUGUCCAACCCAAACAGACGGGACGAAUCUGAACCACGCUAACGGGUCGCAACGACACACAACACGCCCGUUUCUUUGCUCUUGACCUCAUGUGGCUCAGGUUGUCGUUACGGUGUCCUGCAGAAGUAUUUACACCCCUUGAACAUUUCUGAAUUUCAUUUUAUCGCGCUCAUAAACUACCAGGUGUUUUACUAGGAUUCCAUGUGAUGAACCAACACAAAUCAUUUUUUUAAUAAGUAAAAAACUCAAAAGUGUGGCGUACAGUUACAUUAACCCCCCAGUCCAGUCAAACACACCACUGCAAAAACACAAAAUCUAAGUAUUUUUUGUCUAGUUUCUAAAGAAAAUAUCUUGGUACACUUGAAGUAAGACAAAACUAACUCAUACGUAACUUUACAGCAGGAUAUAGAGGCUUGUUUAAGUAAAUAAUUCCUUAUUAUUGAUGAGAAAAUACUAGAUCCAUUGGCAGUUUAUUUAACUUAUAACGAGACAUUUUUCCCAUAAAUUAAUUUUUCUGCCAAUGGAACAAGUACUUUUUCAUCAAUUAUUUACAUAAAACAAGCCUCUAUAUCUUGCUAUAAAGUUACUUUUUAUUUAGUUUGUCUUAUUUCAAGUGCAUUAAGAUAUUUGCUCCAGAAAUUAGAACAAAAUUACUUGGUUAGAUUUUGUUUUUGCAGUGAUUUUGCUUCAAUUCCAACUUCUAGUCUUUUGAGUGAAUCUACCAGCUUUGAACCCAAAGGACUAAAAUCCAAACUGUGUCUGUGAAAAAUCAAAUUUCAAGACUUUCCACAUGAUUUCAAUUGGCUCUAAGGUGGGACUUUGACUAGGCCAUUCUAUCACAUAGAUAUGCUUUGUUCUGAGCCAAUCCGCUGUUCUUGUCUCUGGAUGUUUACGGCAAUUUUCCUGGUGGUGGAUAGCAGCUUUUCUUACAGAAACAUCUAUCAGAAAACUAGCCAACGUCUCUGCUCCAGCCAAAGAAGAGCAUCCCCAUAGCAUGAUGCUGCCACUACCAUGUUAUGCAAUGGGAAUAGUAUGUUCAAGGCUUUACUUUUCACCACAAGUAGUGUUUUGGAUGUAGGUUUAAAAGUCGUGACAAACGUCAAAAGGGACUUCUUUGAUCUUCUUAUUGCCAGAUUUAUGCAGUGGGGCUCUUGGCUGCUUUCCAGGUUAACGGUUUCCAGUUGUUGGUUUCUACUGGUGCAUUGUGAGAAGUCCAAAUCUUGGAAUAUUGUUUUAGAACCUUUUACAGUCAGCAUAACAGGGACUGAAGGCACUUUUUGAUAUUUAUUUGUAAGGAAAUAAAUAAAUUAACACCAUUUCGUAUUCCAGGAACCCAAAUUAAAAAAAAAGUGGUUGUAAUGUGACAAAAUGUCACAAGGUCCAAGGGAUGCGAAAACUUCUGCAAGGCACUGUAUGACAGUCUAAUGAUUGAUAAAAUGAUUUUUGUUUUAAUGCUCCAGAUCUCCCAAAAAGAAUAGAAAAUCUUCAAUAUUUGGGUUCAGUUCUGAUAUUUUCUAUUAGAAACAAGUUUUGAAGCCUCUUAUUUGUUUUGCAUCAACAGGUUACACACCUGCCACUAUGAUUACACAUUCAUUAUGAAUAUUUCUAAUUAAUAAUUGAGGGUAUUUUUGUCUAAAUCCUGAAGAUAAAAUGUCUUCAGAUGAAAAUAUUUAGUCUAGCCUCAGAAAGUUCACCGAUUUAAGCAGAGGAACUAUUCUGAUGCUUUUUGUUCUGACUUAAGCAGCAAGGUUGAAGACAAAUGCAACAAUAGGAUGUGUGCGCUGCUACGUUGUUGAUUUGCUCUGUUUUUCUUACGUAGCUGCUAAGAUCAUUUCUGUUCCAGUUAUCUAAAUUUUCUCUGGAUUUGCCUCCUAAGCUGAAGUUGUUGCAUGUUUUUAGCAUGUUUUACUCCAUGAUGACUGCGUCGAUGUCCCAGUUCAUGUCAUGUUCUGCACCUGAAUAGUUAUUGUGGUUCAGAUUUCCACAUUACAGGUUCACAGGAAGUCUACCCAGUGCUUACUGGUUAUAUUAACAUUAAAAAAGACAGUUAAGUUCACAUGGGCCUUGCCUAGAAAUUAAUGAAUAAUUAAUGAAACCUUUUUUGUUUUGCCUGUAGCCUUGUAAAAGCAACUUGCUGCAUUGUUUACAUCUGACUUGAAGAUUGUGGGCAGUUAUUGAAAAAGGCAACUGUGUGUGGGGGUGUGUGUGUGUGUGUGUGUGAGAGACUGAGGCACUUGAUAAAGGUUAUAUUUUAUAUUCAUAGGAAGUUUUCUAUUGUGUUCAUUUUCUCCUUUCUUGGACUUUUGUUUUUGCACACCCGGCGCUGUAAUAAAAAGCAGCACUGAUUUCGAUUCAGUGGUUUUGAAGUUAAACCUCCAGCUGCAGGUGAGUGGGUGGUCUUACCCACCGAGCUCGACAGCAGCUCACUUGCAGAUUUUACGUUUGCACACCCACUGCGCUCUGGAGAAGAUGAGUUUUGUUAUUGUAACACAGAGUGAACGCCUAAAAGGAGCUGUUGUUGCAGAGGCCUGUUUCUGCAGGAAAUCUUUGCUUCUCUGCAUCUGCUAAAAAAAAUAAAGGUUUUUCCUCACAGAAAGGAAAUGUGUGGAAUCCGAGGCUCCGUUUAUGUAAAGCUAUCUCUCCAAUGAAGACAAAAAUGUACUAACUAGGAGUGAAUUUUAGAAAUUGAUCAGUUAAAGUAACUUGUGACAUUUCUACAGCACCACACCCUGCUCUUUAGUUCCCACAGGAACUGCACAGCCUCAUCCAUGAUGAUGUUAAUUGUCUAGCUUGGUUUUCAACUCUUUGUGAUUUGAGAAUAUGAAGUGCUGCACGUUUAAAGGUUGCAGGUCAGAGUCUGAGGUCUGUGAACGAGUCGACACGUCAGUGUUCUGUUUCCUUUUUGUUUUUAAACAGAUUAUGCAGAAAUAUUGCAAAAAUAUUUGACAAUCAGGGGUUUUUUUGUAUGAAGUUCGGAGGCGAGUUCCCAGUUGGUGAACGGUUUUAAAGUAAUAAUCUUGGGUUUCUUUCCCCUACUUUCUCUGGUUUUCAAAAUAAAGAUGAUUUCCAAGAUGUAA